GACUUUUCAGUUUUCUCAGUAUCAGGAAGUGCAGCGAAACACGGUGUUUGUUUUGUUUUGUUUUUCUCGACGAAAGCUUACAAAUAAAAAAAAGUAACUCGCAAACAGUAACGCUUAAAAUAUAAGUGUCUUUAUUGGCAGGUGUGUACAAAAACCUUGCGAAGGGAAGCGAUUCAGUUGUAAAGUACAGCAUCACAAUGAGCCGUGCCCCCCCAAUGCAACACCAGAACUGUGGACCCUGGGAACUGAAGGAGAGACUUGGGACCGGUGGCUUUGGCAAUGUUACCCGCUGGCAGAACAAGGACACAUGUGAACAGAUUGCUAUAAAGCAGUGUCGUCAAGAACUGAGUGCUAAGAAUAAGGAAAGAUGGUGUUUGGAGAUCCAGAUUAUGAAGCGGUUGAAUCAUGUGAAUGUUGUGGCAGCAAGAGAAGUCCCUGAGGAGUUACUGAAAUUAGCCACUAAUGACCUGCCUCUACUGGCCAUGGAGUACUGCCAAGGUGGAGACCUUCGCAAGUAUCUUAACCUACUGGAGAACUGCUGUGGGAUGAGAGAAGGCUCCAUUUUGAUCCUGUUGCGAGAUAUAUCCUCUGCCCUUACGUAUCUUCAUAACAAGAGGAUAAUUCACAGAGAUCUCAAACCAGAGAACAUUGUGCUCCAGCAAGGAGAGAAAAGGUUAAUUCAUAAGAUCAUUGACCUGGGCUACGCUAAGGAGCUAGAUCAGAGCAGUCUAUGCACUUCAUUUGUAGGGACUCUGCAGUAUCUGGCACCUGAGUUGUUGGAACAGCAGAAGUACACAGUAACAGUGGAUUAUUGGAGUUUUGGGACUCUGGUGUUUGAGUGCAUCACUGGUUUCAGACCCUUUCUGCCAAAUUGGCAGCCUGUUCCAUGGCACAAUAAACUGAAGCAGAAGCAUGAAGAUGAUGUUGUGGUUUAUGAGGAUUUGGCCGGUGAGGUGCACUUCUCCAAACACCUGCCACGGCCACACAACCUUAAUAAUCUGUUAGCUGGCAGGCUAGAGCGUUGGCUACAGUUAAUGCUAAGGUGGUCUCCUCAAGCCAGAGGCAAAGACACUAAGCAGAUCCCUAAAGAGAAUCUGGAUGGGACAGAGUCUGUGGAGAAGACCAAGCAAUCUGAGGAAGGAGGCAGAGAGCCACAUAUAGGAUCAACUACUUGUUUUGAAGAAUUAGAGCAAAUACUAAACCUGAAGCUAGUCCAUGUGCUGAAUAUGACCUCAGCAGAGAUUUUUACAUACUCCGUGCACUAUGGGGAGACUGUUGCAUCCUUGCAGAAACGAAUUGCACAAGAAACCAACAUUCUCCCUGUCUCUCAGGAGCUGCUGUUGGAGGCUGGCCUUGCUCUUGAGGCUCAUAAUGAGAUCAUGCAGUGUGCUGUCGAUUAUACUCAAGUUGACGGUCGUCGAUCUGAUAUGCCACUAGUCUUUCUGUUUAACCGCUCAUGCUGCAGCUACGAACCUCAGUUCACCCCUAGAAUCCUUCCUGAAAACAUUCGAUUUGUUCUAGAGACAGAGCCCAAGCGCAUGUUGCCCUACAGUGCUCAAAGACGCACAUAUGGGCAAGCAUGGCACACCAUAAGAGCAUUAAAAGAGGACUGGCUGAAGUUGCAGCAGGGCCAAAAGGCAGCCAUUAUGAGCCUUUUGAGGCAUAAUGGCUUGUUGUCUAAGCAGAAGAAUGAGAUGGUCUCGGUCCACCAGAGACUUAAAGCUACUCUUGAAUUCUUCACUACCAGUCUGCACAUUGACAUGGACAAAUACCAGGAGCAGAGAGCCACUGGCAUUGCUUCGGAGAAGCUACUAAGUGUCUGGCGUGAUAUGGAGCAAACUGCAUUCAGCCAUGGCCAGACAGAUGAUGUGACUAUGUUGGAGGAAGAGAUGAUGAAAUUACAAACUGAUAUAGUAGACCUCCAGAGACACCCGUGGAGGAGUGGAGAAGCCCUGGAAUCUCUUGAGGGGAAGGCAAUGGACUUAUUUCGCAAGCUCAGAGAAAAACCUAGGGAUCAGAGGGGAAUGGGCGAUUGCCAGGAGGUGGUGAAGUUGGUGGUCCAGGCCAUUCAGUUCUAUGAGAAAAAGCUUAGAGAGUUUUACACACACCUCAGCAAGACAGUGGUGUGCCGGCAAAGAGUAAUGGAGUUGCUGCCGCGAGUUGAGGACAUGGUGAGCAGCAUGGCUCAGUGUGAGCAGGAACUGCGUCGUAUGCAAGAAAAAAGACAGAAGGAGUUGUGGAACUUGCUUAAAGUGGCCUGUAGCAAGGUUCGGAGUCCUGUCAGUGGGAGUCCUGAUGGAGGUCAAACCUCACCUUCCUCUGGUCCUCCACUGCUACAGCACAGACCCGCUCAUCCAAACAGCCUUGUUAUCCUCCAUCAACCGGAAGAAUCCAUGAUAGUAAUUGAAGAAAGCAAGACAUUUGAGAGUAGAUUGCAGAGUUUGGUGCAGGAGACGAUUAAGGAAACAGAAAUCAGCAUGCAGGUGCUUCAGGAAUGGACAUGGCUGUAUGGAAGCCAGGAUCUCUCCUGAUAGCUUCUGUCCCAGCAGUGUAAAUGAACGUGUGUGUGUAGUACGAGGUUGUUAUUCAAUGCAGAUAAUAGCAGAUGUAACUAUGCAUUAUAUUACGCAUGAUUAUUAUGUAUAAAGCACAGACUAAUUAAUGUACAUUUGCUAUUAAACAUCAGCUAUUGAAUGUGG